GUUACCCACUUCUGGGAUCUGAAAGUGCAUUUUAUUACUGUGCAGGACACAAGUUUUAGUAUGAUACCCCAAAGUAAAAACAUUCAUGCUUCUCCCUUAGGGAUGCUAGCUGUAAAAAAAUCCAGUCUUAUUGAUGAAAAACUCUCAUCCCAACCCAUUACUGGAACAGGUCCAUUGUCCAUUCCUUCCAUACACCCCUCCUUCCCUACAGCUCAAUCCCAGGAGUGCUUUGGGCAAGCAGUACACUCCAAGCAGGACUUCCCUUUCUUUUGCUUUGUGGCAGCCUCCAUUUCCAAUCAAUUUUUGCUGAGCAAAUCCUUUACCUGUAGUGAUGCACCAGUGUCUGCUGGUGAGAGAGUUUCACUUCCUCAUUUAGAAACCCUUCCACCAAUGUGAACUGUUGUUGCCUUUUUGCAUGCUUUUGGUUUCCUUUUAGUUCUAAGCAUCUUGAGGAAUGUAGACAGGAUCUGAUUUUUUGAGGCUCUAAUCCAGUAUCACUCCACUUGAAGCCCUGCAAGGGAGAUGGGCAGUGAGUACUUGUGAAAGCCAGGCUGCUUCUCUUUUUAUUUGUCUAUAGAAAGAACUGUGUGUAACUACUGGAAUAUUAUUACUUUUAUGAGCUGUUGUCUCUUUACCUGCCUUGACUUUGAAUCUCCUGAUUUCUGAGCAACUAUAUCUAAAAUCCCUGUAUGGAAAUAGGGCUUCAGCUAAAAAAAAAAUUCCCAAAGUAACAUGUAGCUGUUUUAGAAGUUCCUGAAAACCUGAAAAUGUUUCAUUAAAAUUCAUGGCACUUCCACCAGCUCCAAUUUCUCUAUCUAUUUGCGUCUGUAGUAUAAUAAAAUUUAAAACUGUCUCAUAUAGUUUCCUAUGCAUUUCCUAUGCCAUUUGAUCACAUGCAGGGAAAAAUUACAGUAGUAGCUUCUCUCUCCUCUUUGAUUAUUUGGAAAGGGGAACCCAAGCAUAAACAUAUUCCAUUUACACCAGCAUACCUGAGAUGCAAUUAUUUUUCCAAAUACAAAGCAGUACUCUUCCAGAUACCUAAAUAUCCUAUAGAUUUUGAAGUUCAUUCUUUAGUUGUUCAGCAGUGAAAGUGGGCUGUUUAUCAACUAGAAGUUGCUAUCUGACACCUGCUAAUGUAACUCACAUGAGUUUACUCAUGAAAUAAUCUAGGUAUUUUGGUUAUGAGUUGACAAUUAAAAAAAAGAAGAGGGGAAGAGGUGUCAGAGUGUGAAGUUUGAAAGUAGCAUAGAAUCACAGAAUGAUUUGGGUUGGAAGGGUGCCAAGUAAGGUGCCAUCAAGCUCUGCCAUUGUUGUUUAGGUGGAUGGUACCUCUCAGUUUUUUUAAAGACAAGAUCGGUUGGCCUUGUCAAAUGAUGGAUUUAGCUAAAAUUCUCUUUUAUAAAGCCUGCCAUGCUCUUUUUUUUUGUCUGUAAAAAUUCCACCAGUGAUCCACCAAGUCAUUUUGUCCUUCUAAAAGAUACAGAAGCACAGAAAUUCAACACGGACUAUUGAAUUGAAAGAACGCAGUUCUCAAUAAGCAGACAGAAAAUGUAUUUCUCUAAAAAUGACCUCUAGGACAACAUUUUUAUAAUCAAGUCCCUGACUAAGUAAUGUCAAACAGACCAGAAAUUUAAAAGACAUUAUCAUGAGAAGUUAGGUACUCCAGUAUUUGUUGUAUACCAAAGCCCAGUGUUUACCAGUCACUGUUAUUUGUGGGGCUUCCACUUAACCCUUCAGCAGGGAACUGAGCCCACAUCUCUUUUCUCCUUUAAUGCUGAAAUUGUUGGGGUCCUCAGUAAAAUAGUGGCUUUUUUUUGUGGAGGGCUUGUGUUGUUGGAUCAGGCUUGUCAGAGAAGAUCUUAGGAUGAGGUGAGAGGGAAUGACUUUUUGGGAUGCUGAGGGAGCUUUUGGAUGAGAUGGACCUUGAGCUGGUCAGCAGUGCCAGGCCUCAGACUGUUAAGCUCAUACCAGAAGCAGAAGUGUGCAGUCUGUCCCUGGAAAUGCAGCCAGAGGGGUGUUCAGCCACCUGUAAGGUGCAGCAGGGGUUUUGUGAAUGACAGUGGGACCAAGGGAUGGACACAAUAUCCACCAACAAUGGAGGGUAGGAAUGCUGCCUUCUCCUUGUGCACUGAAACCUCAGUGCUGCAAGGUCUCUUACUAUUAUAUUUUGAUUUAGGAAUGUAGAGGAAUGAGGUUAAUGCAUUUAUGCAACAUUCAUGGUGAAAAUAUUUUAAGACAACCUUCUCUGUGUAACUAUCUUGACUCUUCCCAGCUCCUUCAGUUAGAGUCUGCAGCAGCGUGAAUGCAAUUUCCAUGCAUUGUUUCAGUCUGGAAAUGAAACAAUUUUCAUUAAUGGAAACCUGGUUCUCAAGCAGAACAAUUAGACCCUCUUCAGGUUGAAAAAAGAUAAAAGCAUGCUAAUUUGGAUGGAGGACUCUUCUUUCAAGGCAGCCAAUUGAGUAAUCAGCCAGCCACCCACCUGACUGUCUAACAGCUACCUGAAGUUUCUGGCAGUAAAGCCAUCAUGGCAGACCUGGGCUGCAAAAAACCCAGCGACUGCACGGUCUCCAGGCUCCUCAGCGUAGUGGAGAGUGAACUCCGGGCAGGAAGAGACAAAGGCGACCCGACGGAGAAACAGCUCCAGGUUGUCUUGGAGGAUGCAACGCUCUGGCAGAGAUUCAGGGAAGUCACUAAUGAGAUGAUUGUGACCAAGAAUGGCAGAAGGUGCUGAAUGUAUGCAGCAAAAACUAUAUCAAGGUAUCCAGAAAGGAGGAUGUUCCCUGUUUUGAAGAUCAGCGUGUCAGGCUUGGAUCCAAAUGCCAUGUAUUCCUUCCUGCUGGACUUUGCUCCGACAGAUGGCCACCGCUGGAAGUAUGUCAAUGGAGAAUGGGUGCCAGCUGGGAAACCAGAGCUACCAAACCACAGCUGUGUCUACAUCCACCCAGACUCUCCCAACUUUGGGGCCCAUUGGAUGAAAGCUGCCAUUUCCUUCAGCAAAGUCAAACUUACCAACAAGCUCAAUGGGAGUGGGCAGAUAAUGUUGAACUCCCUGCACAAAUACGAGCCCCAGGUGCACAUAGUUCGUGUAGGAGGCCCCCACCGGAUGGUGAUGAACUGCUCCUUCCCUGAGACGCAGUUCAUAGCGGUGACUGCUUACCAGAAUGAAGAGAUAACAGCUCUCAAAAUCAAGUAUAAUCCCUUUGCCAAAGCCUUCCUGGAUGCAAAGGAAAGAAACCAUUCUAAGGAUGCUCCAGAGACAGUUUCUGAAGGUCAACAUAUGACAUAUUCUCACUUGGGUGGCUGGUUGAUUUCCAGCCCAGAUCCAAUGUGUGCCUCGGGAAGCUCUAAUUACCAGUACAGUGGAGCUUUGCCUCUGCCCACUCCGCAGGCUCCCCACAGCUGCGAGAGAUACCCAGCCCUGCGAGGCCAUCGGGCUGCUCCAUACCCACCCUCCUACAUGCAGAGGAAUCACUUCCCUUCAGUUAACUUAUUGGACAGCUCCAGCAAUAAUCUUCAGGUAUUCUCAGGACACGAUAGCUGGACUUUGCCAUCCUCUCCACACACUAAUUUGCUCUCAGUGCCACACACAAAGGGAGGCGCCAGCCCUGGACCCAGCCACUACCCUUGCCUGUGGACAGUGAGCAACAGUGCUGUAAAUGCUGCCAACCCAGGAAGCGAGGUGAACAGCAACCCUGCAAGUGUGUUUUUAAGGGGUAAUGUCCCCUUACCUGCUGCAUCAUCAGUGCAAAUCCCUCUGCAGGGUAUGGUGUCUGGCAGCAUGGAAGCACAAGGGGAAGGCACUCUCACCAGACUGACUGACUCUGUGUGGACAUCCUCACACUCCUUUUAAUGAACAGGCAGCUCCUGAGGGAAGCUCAGCCAACCAAGACUGACACAAAUGGCAAAUGAUCCCCGAGGAGUGCAGUGCAGAGAUGUAUGCAGGAAAAGGACUUCAUCACUUCCCAUAAUGUACCUUUUGUGUGCCAGCUAAGCCAAAAUGCAAAGGCAGGAAAUAUUAUAGGAACCAGCUUGUUACUGCAACUUUUAUGCAUCAUUCAGGAUAAUGUCCAGAAAAAAUCUUUUUUGUUAGCUUUCCUUCUAAAUAACAUUAAAAAUAGUCAGAGACAUGGGACUGAGUGAAGCAGACAUGGCAGCUGGAUACCUGCAUGUCAUUUUAGAAGUUCCUUCUGUAACUAACAGCCAAGUCCAGGGAAAAUUGUGAGCAAAUUUGCAACUGGUAAUUUGAAGGCACAGGACUAUUUUAAAGGCUUUCUGAAUCGCUUACAUAGAGGUUUUCACAAUACCUGAAACUAAACCCCUUAAGGGAUGAAAUUAGUCCGACAUCCUAAUGCCACCUGCAUACAGCAUUCUUGUCCCCUUCCCUUCUCCAGCUGCUGUUUGCUGUGCGUGUGCUGUGGGGACAGUGGGCACAUUCAAACCGCUGAAGUGGCCGCAUUGUAGCAGCAGGGUGAAGGGCAGCUACUUUAGCAUUUAGAGUCUCAUGUUACAGUCUUGCAAAUGGAAAGCUCCAGUGUUUCCAAUAUGUGCUAUUUUUGAAAGGGUGGAGGGAAAAGAAUUAUAGAAAACAUGUUCAGCUUGCAUUUCCACUUUGCUCCAGCUAUACAGUACAA